AACAGUCCAAACUGAACCUAGCCAUAUUCUGUUAGUAAAUGAGUUAAUCAUACACGGUGUUGGUGCACAUGCAGGAAGUAAGUCUCAUGCAGAGAUGAGGAUCAUACUUUUAGGAAGUGAGGAAGGAGGCAAGACUUCUGCAGGGAACACCAUCUUAGGGAGAAAGGCAUUCGAGCUGAAGAAAAGUGCUGAGUGUAUAAAGAAAGAUGGAGUGGUAGCUGGACGACAAAUCACUGUUGUUGACACACCAGGACGGAGGAAAGACUAUCUAGCAUCAUCUACCCGAAUACUGUACAAAGAUGAAGUGGUUCGCAGUGUAGCUAUUGCCUCCCCAGGACCUCAUGCUCUACUUCUUGUUAUUAAGAUUAAUUGUCCAUUUGAGGCUGUAUGCAAACAAGCAGUGGAGGAACACCUACAACUCUUUGGGGAGAAUGUCUGGAACCACAUAAUAGUGCUGUUCACUCAUGGGGAUAAGCUAGAAGAUAUCACCAUACAACAGUACAUUCAAGAUGAGGGAGAACCUUUGCUGGAGCUCCUUCAGAAAUGUGGUAACAGGUAUCAUGUCUUCAACAAUAAGGAGAGGAAAGACCACAGUCAAGUCAAUGAGCUGCUGAAGAAAAUAGAGGACAUUGUUGUGAGAAACAAAGGCCACCAUUUUCAGAUGGACAAACAUGUUUUACAAGGAUUGAUUGUGAAAAAGAAGGAACUAGAUGAGAAAGCAAAAGAAAGAAGGAUGUUGAUGCCCAGACCAAAAAGAAUUCUACAAUCAACAGAUCUGAGAAUGGUUCUCCUUGGACAUCAGUGUAGUGGAAAAAGCUCAGCAGGAGACACCAUUUUGGGAAAAAACUUAUUUGACUUCAAGACUGUUCCUACGUCUGUACUCAAGAAAUCAACAGUAGCUGGGAGACAGCUCACGGUCAUUGACACACCAGGCUGGUUAAAGGAUGGUCUUCUGAAAGACACUUCAAAAAAGUCUAAAAAUGAGAUUGUGCGUAGUGUGUCUCUGUGUGCUCCAGGGCCACAUGCUUUCCUCCUGGUGAUACCUGUGGACUCCACAUUCACAAACAGCGAUGAAAAAUCGAUCAUUGAACAUCUGGAGAUUUUUGGAGACCAGGUCUGGAGUUAUGUUAUACUGGUGUUCAGCCAUGCAGACUGGAUGGGUGACACAGCCAUUGAGCUGUACAUAGAGAGUGAGGGGGAGGCUAUACAGAGGCUUGUGGAGAAAUGUGGGAACAAGUACCACGCUCUCAACAACAUGACUACAGGUGAUAGACCUCAGGUCAUAGAUCUACUGGAGAAGAUUGAACACAAUGUCAUAGUAAAUAAAGGCAAUCAUUUUGAGAUGGAUGCCAAUAUUAUAGACAAAAUGGAACUUUGUAGUUUGCAAGAAGAGGUGGAGAGUGAUGGAAAGAACCAAAGACGUGGAGAAGGUCUGACCUCAGGUGAUGGUGACACUUCAGGAUAUGGUACCUCUCUUCAUACUGGUCCUCUCUCCUUGCGUUCAGAUGAGUCCAUGGAAAAUUUCACCCAAUUCUGAAUAUGGGAGUAGGGGACACUUUUAGUCAUGGCCAAAGGGCCAAAGCUAAGUGGACAUCAUGGCCUCAGAAAGUAAAAAAUCCUGUCAUGUAUUACUCUUGCCUGUGCACUUAACACAGGUGAUACUUCCUGGAAGACCAGAUGGUUUAGAGAAUGAUUGGAACAAAUAUGUAGUAGUAUUUGCUGAAGCUGGGAUGUCCACCUCUCGUCUCUCUGUGCUAUUGUUUCUUCAGAACGUCUUAAAAUUCUCAUGUCUAGUGGUUAAAAUUAGUUAAUCAAAUGCACAUUUAGUGACAGUUCUAAACAAUGAUUAUUUUAAGUAAUUUGACAUAGAAAAAUAGAUUUUUUCCCAUUUUCGGCGUAUGAGGCUUCCUGGAGAACAGUUUCACUCUCAUCCCCUAUUUUUGAUGUUCCACAGCGUGUGGGAAUGUAGUUUCACAAAAUAUAGACUGCUGAUAUAUUUUUUUGUCUUGCACAAACAUUUUAAUGUCUUGCACAAACAGUUUUUUUGGGGGAGAAUAUUUUUUUCCCUCAUUAGCUUACAGUAUGUCUGUUAGCAUACUGUACAUGUCUCAUCGCAUCAUGUCUCAACUAUUUUAAAACAUUUUUUUGUGAAUACUGAGCAUUGUAUUUGUUAUAUUAAAGGAAAAUUCCGGUAUUUAGCACUUUGAGUCCCUUUUCUGGUUUGUUUUGGAUGAACUAGAGAAAUU